CCAGCAGCUAUUAAAGGGACACUCAGGACGGGAUUCAGCCUCCACCUCCCAGGCCCAACCCCCAGUUGCCCUGGGCCUCCCAUCCGCUUCAGACUCCCUCUGCUGGGCCCCAGACACACAGAGAGGAGCAGUCUCUGUCCACUGCCCUCUGGCCUCACCUCCUUGGGGUGAUGACAGGUGGGAUAGGUAUUGUGAGAGGGCGGCAUGGGCCAGCAGGAGCCCAGAGGAAGACAAGGAAAGCUUGCGGAAGAAGCAACCUCUGAACUGACACUUGCAGAUCUUAAGUUCAACAAGCAGCAUUGGGGAGGAAUGUUCUCGGUGGAGGGAGCAACAUAUGCGACGCUAAAGCGUGUGAGAGCUGGGACCCACAGAAUGGGAGCGAGACCCUGGCUCCAGAGAGGAGGUGGCCAGGCCCUGUAAGGUCCCCCAGCCUCCUCUGUGACGCCCCCGAGGAGCUGCCCCACCCCCAGUCUCUGGAGUGGAAAGGGGGCGAUGCUGGAGCCGCCUAGGGCGACGGGAAGACAAGCCCGCCACGCGCCAAUCGGUCCUGGCUGCGAGCGGAUCAAGGUCAGCCCGGGGCCGCAGCGUUGUCCGCAGCAACCAACAACUCGGGGUCGCCUGGACAACUGCCGCCCGGGAGGCUCUCUAUUGGCUGCAGCGGGCGCCUGUUCGCCAUGCGUCGCAUCCGAUAGGUCGAUGCACCGGAGGGUCCGCCCACAUCCCCUGGCCGCGCUCCCGAUGCAGCCCUCGCAGUCCCGGCCUCGGUGUCCGCGAGUGCAGAGUGGAAGUAACCAUGAGGGGUCCCUGCGAGGGGCCUGGAGAGAAGGAAGAGCUGGAGGAAGGGGCGGCGGCGGCCGCUGGGCGUCCUGCAGGGGUCCCGAAGGCCCAGAAGGGUUCGGACGCGGAUUCGAACUCCGACCAGGAGAAAGAAGGCACCCAUAAGCUUGGAGAACUGGGCAAGGACACCCUCUACCUGAGAUCUUGCUGGGCCCACAGCGUCAUGCCUGCUUCCUGCUUUCUGCGCCAAGGGAGCACCCCAGAGCUCAACCUGCAGCACUGUGGCGUGGGGCCCCAGGCUGCCCAGGCUCUGGCUUCUGUGUUGACCUCCAAUCCCUACAUCAAGCGGCUGGAACUUCAGGACAGUGGGCUCUGUGGGGCCGGCACAGAGGCCCUGGCAGGUGCUCUGCGCAAAAGCAGUAUCUGUGAUGUGGACCUGUCGGAGAACCAGCUGGGAGCGGUGGGAUCCUGGGCUGUCUGUGCCGCCCUGGCGGUGAACCCGGCUGUGGAGAAGGCACAGCUGGCAGGGAAUGGCCUGGAGGAGCAGGUGGCCCAGUACCUUGCUGAACUCCUGCUGGCCCACACAGGCCUGAAACCCCUGGACCUGAGCUAUAACCAGCUGAAUGACCAAGCAGGGGAGAUGCUUGGACCAGCCCUGGCAGAAAAAGGACUCACUGAGCUUAACAUAAGCUGGAAUCACCUGCGAGGCCCAGGAACUGUAGCCUUCGCCAGGGGACUAGAGGCAAACAUCUUCCCGAAGGUCUUGGACAUCUUGUAUAAUGGCUGUGGGGAUCCGGGAGCCUCCGUGCUGGGGGGGCUCAAGACCAACAACAUGUUGGAGGAGGUCUACAUGAGCAACAACCGCAUCUCUGCAGUGGGAGCCCUGAGCCUGGGCCUGCAGGUCAACCAGACACUGAGGAUUCCUGCUGUGUCCAGGAAUCCCAUGCAAAGUGAAGGCUGCUUUGGUGUUCUCAGGUCUGUCCAGGCUAAUCCACUGUCUGCCCUAGAGCUGCUGGAUUUUUCUGAUAUCCAUGUGAACAGAGAGUUUGAUGACCUCACCAGCUCAGUGAAGGUCAUUCUUCCAGGGCUUUACAUAACUGCCCACAGAGUGGAGUACAAAAAAGAAUUCCUGCCCGUCUUCAGACCGUCUCAAUGA